CCCUCAGGCGCCGCCUCUUCCCGUCCGCCGCGUCCCGGCUCCCGCCGCUUCCCGGCGGCAUGGCCGUGUUCCACGACGAGGUGGAGAUCGAGGACUUCGAGUACGACGAGGAGACCGGGACCUACAGCUACCCGUGCCCCUGCGGGGACCGAUUCCUCAUCACGCGGGAGGACCUGGAGAACGGGGAGGACGUGGCCACCUGCCCCAGCUGCUCCCUGAUCCUGCGCGUCAUUUACGACCAGGAGCAGUUCAUGCGGGAUGAAGUCGUGGCAGAACCUUUGCCAAACAAGGAAUUGGUCAAGUGCUGAUGAAUGCAUCGUGGACUGUGCUGCUUUAGGAUGAGAAAGUAUGGGGAUGGUGACUGUGGAAAGAGUUGUGGUUCUCCUUCUGGAAGUGCUUGCUGCUGUGGGAUACAAGUGCAAUAAUUGUGUUCUUCAUGAGUGAGAGUUUACUGGGACAUCAAACAUGUACAUGAGUGCGUUUUGUUCCAAAGGAUUAUACUUUAAAAAAAUACAUAUUUAUAAAUUGCUCUGUGUAUUCCAGAAGACUUGAGGAUUAUGAUCCUGAUUUACAGUAAGUCAAUACACAGAAGAAGAGUGUGUAGUUGGGAAAUUACAUUUAGUCUAGCAGUGGCUUCUUAGCCUGUGGAGAAAAACAGGCUUUAUGGGGGUAUUUGCGAGUGUGAAAUGCCACAGAGCUAAAAUGUUGGGAGGCAAGAUUUAGGAAUCGAUAGGACACAAUGCCAUACACAGUUGACACAGUGCAGCUUCUCCCAGGAUGUGGGCUCAUGGACUUGUAUCCCAUACUGAAUGUGGGGAGAAAACAAGAGAUCCAGAGCCAACAUUUGCUCAGUGUUGGUAAAUUGUCAUUACACCUGUAAACACAGGGAAGAUGCAGUUGUCCGUGUAUCUGCAGUGGGGGCAACAUUUGUGUUGGGGUAGAUUUGUUUCUUAAAUUGCUUCUAAAGUUGCUUUGAAAGAACUUUGGUAGUUGUUACCAAAUGACUCUGACAAUAAUGAUACACUUUUGAGGGUGUUGUGUGAAAUGGAGUUAACCUUUUUUUUACCCCUGCAAAGCUACUAACGUGCAGACAGACUGGAUCUCGAAGUGGGUGGUAUUUUACCCUUAUAUUCUCAACAACUUUGUGAUUUGACUGUUGCAGUAGACAUAAAAUAGGCUGCAGUUCUUUGUGCCAUUUGUAAUAAAUUCCUCAGCCUUUAUUAGAUUCUGUCACUUCCUGGAUAGGACAUGGAGACAUUUCACUUAAUAAAGACAUUCUUUAAGGUAGAAAAGAGUUGUGAGAACAUACUGCACAUUGAGUCCAAGACUACUUCUUGAAGUCACUGCACUUAAAUAUUUACUUUAAAUUGUGGUCAUUCCUGUGUUUUAGUAGGAUUUGGCAUCUGGGAAAGUAAAUCUGGGGAAAAGUACCUGUGAAGAGUUUAUAUAGCUGUUUUGCUCCAGGCACUGAAGAUAAGCAAGUUUUACUGCAUUCUUGCAUUUAGUAAUUUUUGUUCUUACAGAGUUCUGUGAAUGUUGAACAUUCUAGUUAUUUUAAGAAAAGGAGAGAAAAAAAACCCUACAUCUAGUUGGAAGCUUUGAAUGCAAUAAGCACAACCCAGAGUGUUUCCAUGCCGAAACCAGGAGGUGGCACUCGUGUUCCUUUGACAUACGUGCUUAAAAAAAAUGAAAUGUUUUGGUACUUUGGUUAGCUAUGCCUUACCAAAUAUUUAUUUUGACUAUUUAAAUAAAGAUGUUUAAGAUU